AUGAAUGUCUCCCCCAGACUCUUCCCACUCCUGCUUCGCGGGCUUUGUCGAAACACGAUCCGCCAUGCUAGUGCUGCCAGCGAACGUGAAAGUCAGACAAUGCGCCUACCCGAUGGCCGUGUUCUUGGAUUUGCUGAGUAUGGGCGAUCUAGCGACUACCCACUCCUCUUCAUGCAUGGAUAUCCCAGCUCACGUCUCGAGACCCUUGGUAUCGAUGAGGUAGCCCUGCGCCACAAUAUUCGCAUUAUCACACCUGAUCGCAAUGGCUUCGGACUCAUUCUCGGUGGCUCUGGUGGCAGUCCAUUCGCCCUAGCAUGUGCAUAUCACCUACCCCCAGAGAUGAUCUCAGCAGUUGGCAUUAUGGGCGGUGCAGGUCCAUGGGAAGCAGGAGCUCAUCAUAUGUCUCUACCAUACCGACUCAGCGCUUUCACGGCACACUAUUGGCCCUCUGGCUACGGAGGGGUCCUUAGUCUAUUCCUGUGGAUGCUCAGAAGGGUUUUAUCAUCACCUUCUGGAACUGAGAGAAUAGACAAGGCACUUGUCAAGCACUUUGGAAUUCAGGAAUCAGGGAGUUCGGCCGCUAAUUUGAGGGCAACCUUGACUCGCCAGAUAUUUGAGGCUUUCCGCCAAGGCACAGGCCCAGCUGUGUACGAAGCUCGACUGUUGACAUCCAGCUGGGGAAUCAAAUUUGAGGACGUGACGUAUAACAAAAUACGGAUUUGGCAGGGAACAAAGGAUGCUAAUGCACCGAUUGAGAUGAUGCGGUACCUGGCAAAGCGUCUCCCUCAUUGCGAACUAACAGAGUUCUCUGACAAUACCCAUUUUACACUACACAGCUCUCUUGACCAUAUCCUUUCUGAAGUGGUCCCGAAAUAA